AUGGAAGCAAAAGAGGAGGUAGGAACAAUGGAAGCUAGUGCCCAAGCAAGUAAGAUUCUCAUCUUUGGUGGAACUGGAUACAUAGGAAAAUAUACGGUCAAGGCAAGCAUCAAGUGUGGACAUCAAACUUUCGCUUACACCCGUCCUAUCACUCCUCAAUCCAAUCCAGACGAGAUAAACCUGCUCGAGGAGUUUGAAUCUAUCGGUGUUACCAUCAUUCAGGGAGAGUUGGACGAACAUGAUAGGAUUGUGGAUGCAGUUCGUCGAGUAGAUGUGGUUAUCUCAGCGUUACCAUUCCCCCAGGUUCCUGAUCAGGUUAACAUAAUUGAAGCCAUUAAAGUCGCUGGCAGCAUAAAGAGGUUCCUUCCGUCGGAGUUCGGGGUUGAAGAGGACAGAGUGACUACUCUCCCUCCUUUCGAAGCUUGUAUAGACAAAAAGUGAAAGAUCAGAAGGGCAGUGGAAGCAGCUGGGAUCCCUUACACCUAUGUAUCUGCAAAUUGUUUUGCUGCAUACUUUGUGAAUUAUUUGCUUCGUCCACAUGAAGAGCAUGAGGAUGUAGUUGAAUCUUUGCAAGCUCUAUGGUUUUGAAAUCUAACGUUCAGUAUUCCUGUUUUUCCCUUCUAUCUGUCACGUUCAGCACUGUUGAACUAUGAAGAAGAUGUGGCGGAGUACACAAUCAAAGUAGCAAAUGACCCAAGAACAUGCAAUCGAAUAGUAAUCUAUCAGAUGCCCAAAAAUAUAGUGUCCCAGCUUGAAUUGAUUGCUUUGUGGGAGAAGAAAACAGGCAGCAGUUUCAAGAGGAUUCAUGUACAUGAGGAAGAACUGGUGAAACUCUCAGAGACCUUACCAUUUCCAGAUAAUAUACCAGUGUCCGUCCUUCACUCCUUAUUUGUAAAGGUAUUCUUAGGCUUUCCAUCUUUGGUUAUGGCGCCUACAGCUGCAAUGUUGAUUCUCUCUCGUCACUGUAAAACAACUUCUCCAGCUCUUCCACCUCCUCCUCCAUCGCCACCUCUGGAUGUUAAGGCCUCUGCACUAAAGUGGGUUGCGCUGGACAGCCUUCUGACCCGCCGAGGAAGAUGUCGUUCUAACAACGGCCAAGAGUCCAAGAUGGUGGAGGCUGAUCGUUCUUUCUCUGCUGAUUCUGCCUUGGAAAAGAGGUUCAAGGAAGCCCUUGAAUACAGCUGGUGGUAGAGUUAUGUAAUCAUCUUUGGUUCAGAGUAUUAGGUUCAUAAUUGUCGGGCAGAGGCCUAUUGUAAAUUCCCCCUUGGCUACUGUCAAGUUACAUUAAUCAAUUUUAUGUACAAUACAAACUGCAGUUCAGUUAAAA